CCUUGACCUACGUAUGAAAUCGUAUUUACUUGAACUAGUUAAUAUCCUGUUUUCCCGAAUUCCAUGGUGGCGUCCUCAUGUGGAUUGGCUACUAUAAAACCAGAAAAGUCCCGUUAAAGCCUAGGUCAUGUAGAAGACUGCUGGCAACAGCGAAUCCCGUUGAGCUGUGGUGGUAUAACUUGCGGAUCGCUAUUCUUAUGGAUCUGUACCUAGAACUGCUAGGCACAAUUAACGCGGUGAGCUGGUCGAGGGGCCAAACGAUCCUUGCUCUGUGUUAGGUUGCCUCAGUCCAGGCUUCUCAUCCCUAUUGGGCAUGUAGCAUUGGGGUGGGAAUAAAUAAUCCUUGGAAACAAUUAAUAUUCGCUAGGGAAUAGAAGAUCAAAUGCAUAGUUACAUGUGAGGUAGGUAUUAAAAAGAGAUGACUUGCAACUCUCUUUAAAGUCUUCAAUCACACAUUCUUUUUUCUGGUCAACAUUCCAGCUCUUCCUCUUACUCAGUAAGGAGUUAAAUCCUUUGAGUUUAUCUAGGACCUAAGCUUGCCUGCUACUCCCCUUCAUUAUGGGGCAAUCAUCGAGCAGCACGAGUUCGCUAUCCGACUGCUUAAAUGCAGUUUGCAACGGCCGCGAUAGUUGCGUCGCGUACCCGAGCACUCCCCUCUAUCAACUAUCCUGGGUCAAACGGUACAACUUGGAUAUUCCAGUCGAACCUAUCGCCGUGACACGACCCCAGACAGCCCAGGAUGUAUCGGAUUUUGUUAAAUGCGCCGUUGCGAACAACGUCAAAGUGCAACCCAAGUCCGGUGGUCACUCCUAUGCAAACUUUGGCGUGGGCGGUCAGGAUGGCGAACUCGUCAUUGACCUAGUCAACAUGCAGGAUUUCUCUAUGGACACUAAUACGUGGCGGGCUGCGAUCGGCGGAGGCACCAAGCUUUCCGACGUCACGAACAAGCUCCACGACAACGGCAACCGAGCCAUCUCCCACGGAACCUGUCCCGGUGUUGGCAUCGGCGGCCAUGCCACGAUUGGUGGACUCGGCCCUACGUCGCGCAUGUGGGGAUCCUGCCUCGAUCAUGUCGUAGAAGUCGAAGUAGUCACUGCGGAUGGCUCUAUCAAGCGGGCUAGCGAGACUGAAAAUAAGGAUCUUUUCUUCGCCUUGAAGGGUGCUGGCGCAGGCUUCGGGGUCAUCACGGAAUUUGUGAUGAGAACCCACCCCGAGCCGGGCGACGUGGUGCAAUACUCGUUCUCGGUCACCUUCGACAGCCACAAGGACCUGAUCCCCAUCUUCCAGCAGUGGCAGGACCUGAUCUCCGACCCGAACCUCGACCGGCGGUUCGGCACCGAGUUCGUCAUGCACGAGCUCGGCGUCAUCAUCACCGCGACCUUCUACGGCACCGAGGACGAGUGGAAAGCCACCGGCAUCCCCGACAAGAUCCCCGCGGGCAACACGUCCGUCGUCGUCAACGACUGGCUCGCCGUCAUCGCGCAGCAGGCCGAGGACGCCGCGCUGUGGCUGUCAGACAUCCGGUCGUCGUUCACGGCGCGCAGCGUCGCCUUCCGCGCCGACGAGCUGCUGACGCCCGACACCGUCUCGUCGCUCAUGAACUACAUCGACGACGCGAAGCGCGGCACGCUGCUGUGGUUCCUCAUCUUCGACGCCACCGGCGGCGCCAUCAGCGACGUCCCCAUGAACGCCACCGCCUACUCGCACCGCGACAAGAUCAUGUUCUGCCAGGGCUACGGCAUCGGCAUCCCCGUGCUGACGGACGACACGCGCGCGUUCUUGAACGGGAUCAUCGACACCAUCCAGAGCAGCGCGCCGCAGGCGCUGACGACGUAUCCGGGCUAUGUGGAUCCGAGCCUGGUGAACGCGCAGGCGUCGUAUUGGGGCCCGAAUCUGAACGCCCUCGGCCAGGUCAAGAGCAAGUGGGAUCCGAGUGAUCUGUUCCACAACCCGCAGAGCGUGCGGCCGGGGCAGACGGUGCAAGGCUGAGGAAGGACGGAAGGGUGUGAUGGAGAUGAGGAAUGUUGUUGGCCGUGAUUGAUACCCCCAUACCCC